AUGUAUUUCCCGCAUAAUCUGCACGGUACUAAUUAUAAAGAAGUCGAAAACGGCUUUAUGUUGAAUUGGCCACGACGGAAGAGAUUGGAAUGGCGAGCCCAUCUUACUACUCAAGCAAUGCAACAGUGCGCAGAAGCCGAGAAUGCCCAAGAUAGAAGUCUGCAUAAUUUACUCGACUGCAAAUUAGUGGGCUCAAGUCAUUUUGAUCGCCUGCAGAAAGUAUUUGCUUACAUGGUUUUAACCUUCAAGCACGAACAAUUAACUGCUGACGAAAUUACUACAAUUGAAUCGCUCUUGUAUGGUGGCCUGAGCUGCAGCGCUAAUACAGAAAAACUGAUGCGCGAUACAAUGCAUCGCCUACUUCGUAAAACGUUCGCCGUCGGCAUUACCUGGUUAACACAAAUGUAUUCAUACUUACUUGAUACUUUUCUGAAAGCUAUUAUUGAGCACUUGCUAUCACAAAAGCAGUUCAAUUAUCUGAAAGAGCAUGUUCCAUUCCUUAUAAUUGUUGAACUAGAUUAUCACCGAAGGGUACGAACUAUGAUGCGUAAGGCCAUACAUGCUGUACGCGAUGCACGCUUUGCUUACAGCGCUUAUGCUCAUUAUGAUUUGACGUCAUGGUUGAAGAAGCUGACUUUUCGACUACCUGUUGAAAUUCCACAUCAUUUUUAUUCAGAAGAGAUACGCGACGUUUAUGUCAAGAAUGAGGAUCAAAGUAGUAGAACCUUCCGUGAUGUGGAGGAGUACCGACUAGCAACGAUUGGUGAAAUAUUUGCUAAAGUCAACCCGCCUCAGAUUCUUUCUGCCAUAUUCGGUUCCGAAUCGUACUUGCCUAGCAAACGUGAUCAGAAAUCAGGCUCUUACCAUCCAAGCGCUAGAAGAACCAUUGAUGAAUUGUAUAUGUCGACGUGUAGCAGACUUCUGUACGAUGUAUCCGCUCAGUUCAAUGCGCAUGUUGUGAUCGGGAUUAAUAAUUUUCAUCAUAUCGAGCCAUAUUCUUCCCAAUCAAUUGCGCAUAUUCUCGCUAGUAUGACAGAUACCGCCAUUGCUCGCCUAGCAAGUAUCGAUCUUGACAAUGUUGGCAGACGCCUCGAUUACUGGAGAGACCAAAUUGUUGAUCUUACUGCAGCCAGCGUACUGCUCGAAGGAGUAACGCAACAGCUUCAUGAUGAUGGACGAAACUGGGAUAUUGAAAUUCAGAGGAUGGAAAGACGUGCGCAACACAGAGCCACGGCAGUUAGAGAGCAGCUUGACCAUAGGCGUAGGCUCUUGAAUCCAUUCGGGCGAAUACCCGGGACAAAUAUUUCUUCUAAUUCUCAAGAUGAACAAGCCGAUGCUUGCUAUGUGCAAGCAGAUGAUGUGGAAGAUGAAGAUAUGUGUGUUCUCCUUAACUGCAGUGGCGCGUCAAUGUGCGAAUCACACCUUCAGAAUAUGUAUCAACGUGAUGAUCAAGAAGAUCUUGAAGCUGGUCUUCUAGAAGGUGAUACACUGGAGCAGGAUGCUUUAUACCCAUAUACCAGUAACAUCGGGGAAAUUCCGGCAGGUAACAUGGUUGAAACCAACUACUAA